CGUGACGCUGUCUGGGACAUCCACCACGGGACGUUGGAAAUGUCUUGCUGCAGCAGCAUACACCACCACCACUACUAGCUGUUGUUGGUUUGUGGCGUACAGCAAAGCAAGCAUAUGGCUCCUUUGUUGGCCCAGUCUGCAAUCUUCCCGUGCGAGAAAAACACCAUAGCAUACCAGCCGUGGGAACAGCAAUGUCGGUGACUGCCAUGCCCGCGAGUGGCCUCACACUUCACGGGAUCCCUCGUGGAGACGCCGGCCCGAAACAAAGUGCAACGCCAGCGGUCUUGUUCAAGCUCAGCGAGGACUUACUGGAGGAUGUGAAGAAAUCAUCGGCUGCCUCUGGCGGCCUGUCGUUCGUCAACGGGACCACUCCUAGAAUACGCCUCGGAACGCGGUCGAUCGACUUGACCAUAUCUCCAGAGGCCUUCAAGCACGAAUUAUUCUCCGCUGCGACGGGCUCAUUGACCGAUCUGACAUUCGCGGGCGCUGUAGGACUGCGGGCGGAGCUGAAGGUGCCCACAAGGAAGCAGAGCUUAGGAGCCGAUGCAGCAUUGGCAGCUCUGCAGAACAGUCUCGCAUCAUACCACCAGGAGAAGGCUGCAAAGUCGGUGACUGUCACGAAUUCGUUAAUCGGCACGCCCAAGAACCGGUUCGAGGCCAAUCGAGACCAGAAGUAUGCACAUCGACGCGGCCUGUCCGGCUCGCAGCAUGCGAGCCCAUCGCUCAGCGCGUCCGACACGCCGCGACCGGGUGCUGCGCUGACCUCAGUGCCCUCGAACGACCCCGCACUACGACUGAAGGCAAUGAGGAAACCGCUGAUACACCUUCUUGCCAUCGAGCCAUUGGUCCCGGAAGAAAUCACGCAGAGAACACACAUACCGAAAGCAGACGUCGAGGAGAUUUUGUCAAAGAUAGGAAAGCCGGCGGAAGGAAAGAAGAUGGGGCUGACGGACAGAGCAUUCAAAGAGCUAGAUGUGUACAGCUUCGGGUACAGCACACCAGAGGAGCGACAGGCCGCUAUAGACAACGCAGUAAGAGCGUACGACAGACAGAGAAUUGGAAAAGAAGAGAAGAUUUGGCAAAUGCUGCUGCCAGAGGACAGAAGGAACAAGGGAGAAUACCUGUCGAAGCUCCAUAUUGGCGCCCCUACGAAUGUGGGAGCGAGCCCGAUGCUGGCCGGCGAUGGCGACGACAGAACUGGGGGCAGCAGUGUGGCUGGUACGCCUCGCUUGGGCGCUGGAACGCCCAAAGUAGCAUCAGCAAAGAGUGACUUGAUGAAGAAGCUGGCCAAGAACCCGAAACAGCGAGCGAUUGAAGACGCCAAAGACAAGAAGCGCAAAGAACGAGAAGCAGCCAAAGCAGACAGUGACAAGGAAAGCCGGCCGGUGAAACGAGCGCGGACGGCGGCAGCCACGACGGCCAAGAACAACCCGAAGAUCAAGUCGGCAGAGCUGGUGCAGAGCUCAAGUGAGGAUGAAGCUGGCGGCGGCGGCGACGUGAGCAGCAGUACUACUACACAGCCGGCGAAAGCAGCAGCAGCGACCAAACGCGCUCCCGUCACCAACGCAGCUGCCAAGCCGAAACCCAAACCGAAAGCCAUGGCAGCAUCCGCGUCCGCAUCCGCAUCGACCAGCAGUGCCGAUGUCCCGGACAAACGCGUCCCGUUGAAAUCGGCAGCCUCCCGAGCAGCGGCGACCAACCCGGUGGUGGCAAAGCCAUCCAAGGCAGGCACGCCCGCGGCAAGAUCCAGCGCGGCCGCCGCUGCCGCCGCUCGAUCGAAGCCCGCGCCGCCUGGCAAGCGCACUCCCAAUGGCCUCCACGCACCUGCUCCGCAACAGCGAAGCCAGCUGAGCCCCAAUCCCGCCAAGCCGAAUCACCGCCCGACUGCCCCUUCACCGCUGGGCGCUGCCCGGCCCCGCGUGGCCUCCGACGUCUCCAUGCAACGAGGUCGGCCUGGCGCAGACACUCCCAAGGGACUCGGCAUAUCCAACGCUGACGGCAUACGAAGACGGCACGAUACCAUCACAAGCAACUCAUCAUCGAACAGCGACAAGCCGGGCGUGGGUCUGGGCAAGUCAGCUACGAACAGUCACGCUCGACACUCGGCGUCGAUGAACGGCAAUGCUGGCACGGGAAGAGACGUGUCAUCUACUGCCAGUGGCCCCAAGCACAAGCAUGAGAACGGCAUCAAGCGAAAGGCCAUGGACACUCCCCAGGAUGAAGACGGCAUCGCCACCACUAAACACCGCAAGACGGAGUCGAGCUCCUCCCAUUCACAGAACUCCAUCAGCGCAGGAAGCAGCAACUCGGACCAUGAUCGUCCCAAUUUCAUUACAUCUCCAAGCGCUGGUGGUCGCAUGAGUUUCGCGCAAGGCGUGAACCUGGCCCGGAAGUUCCGAGAUGAAUGGUACCCUGCAUAUGUGAAGCUAUUUGAUGAGCUGGAAGCGAUCCAGAGGAGAGGCGAGAGACUGCCGCCGGCGGACAAGGAGAGGCUAUUGCACAUGCAUGAACGGCUGUUGCAGGUGAAGCGAGAGAUUGCUGACGCCAGUCAGAGGGAGCAUGAGACAUGAGACGACUAGGGAUAUCUUGUUCUGUGUUUGUAUAAUUGUAUUGUUGGAUGGACUGGGAUACGAGUGGUGGCCGAUAUCGGAUCAUGGCCCCACUAUUCUAUCCUCGAGCUUCACGAGCUCUCAUCAAUGCAUACCUGACCUAUUGGAAGCGGUCUCUAUAGCAUAACCACUCGGCAGUUGGGCUUCACAUAUCUCUCUGCAGAAUAAAAGAAGAAAAAGUCCAUAUCGGGAUAUUGAGCUUGAUGCCAUCGCGUGUCUCGAGAACCUCACAGCCUCUGCUUCCACAAGAUCGUAGAACUACCUCUACCUUAUACCACCAUGUCCGCAAGCCAGACUGUCAAGAGAGUAGCAGUCCUAGACGACUAUGCUCAAAUCAGUCCCAAGCAUGUCGAUCCCAUCAAAGACAUCAAAGUCUCCUACUGGGACCAGACUCUCAACCCAACAAAGGAGGAUGAUCUGCAAGCUCUCAUCCGCCGUUUGGAACCCUAUGAAAUCAUUUCCUCCAUGCGAGAACGUACCGCUUUCCCGGCUUCACUCCUCUCCCAGCUUCCUAAUCUGAAAUUACUCCUUACCACGGGAAUGCGCAAUAAUGGUAUUGAUCUUCCCGCUGCCACUCAAUAUGGCAUCAUUGUCACUGGAGCCAAAGGCGAGCGAGUCUCUGGUCAUGGUGAUGAUGAUGAUGAUGAUGACAAGUACAAAACCUACGAAGCCCCUCCUCCAACAGGUCACACAACAGUAAUUCAACACUCGUGGGCAUUACUAUUAAGUCUCAUGUCCAGAAUCGUGGAGCACCACAAUCUUCUCCAACAACAACAACAACAACAACAACAACAACAACAACAACAAGACUCCUCCUCCACUCGAUCUUCGUCUCCAGCAGCAGCAGCGUGGCAACAAGGCACCAUCAUGACUCUCCCCGGCAAGAAAUUAGGACUUGUAGGAUUAGGGAAAUUGGGAGUUGCGUUUGGAAAAAUCGCCUUGCAGAGUUUUGGAAUGGAAGUCUUGGCGUGGAGUACGAAUUUGACGCAGGAGAGGGCGGAUGAACAGGCUGUUGCGGCGGGGUUGGAAAAGGGAAGUUUUCAAGCGGUGGGGAAAGAAGAGUUGUUUGGAGGGGCGGAUGUGGUGAGUUUGCAUGUUGUGCUUUCGGAGCGGACGAGGGGCGUUGUGGGGAAGAAGGAGUUGGAGAUGAUGAAGAAGAGGGCUGUGCUGUUGAAUACGUCGAGAGGGGGGUUAAUUGAUGAACAUGCCUUGAUUGAGACGCUCACGGCUGGGAGCAUUGCGGGUUUUGCGUCGGAUGUGUUCUGGGAGGAGCCGCUUGGUCCGGAAAGUGUUUGGAGAAGAGUUGGCGAGUGGAGUAAGAGUUCGACGGUUUUCAGUCCACAUAUGGCAUAUGUCAAUGAGGGCACAAUGAAUAGGUGGUAUGAAGAACAGGC